AGAUACUCGUACGAAAAAAAACUGACCGGAAUUAGUUUUUGUAGUUGUUUUAGCGUGCAGUGCAGACUCUAAACGACAAUAUCGACUGACUUGGCUUUCAAAAAAAUUUUCACAUAUUCUGAUCAGAAUCAAAAGUUUUUGGACUGCAAAGUGACAACGAAGCAUCAUGUGGUUUUUGCUGGCCGCGCUACUUUCGUCCUCGCUUUAUACAGUGAACGCGAUAAAAUGCUAUGAGUGUGAAGAGUUUUCGGGAACUAAUCCGGGAAACUUACGCGUCUCGGACAGCACAUGGACUGCUAAAUGUUUGUCUACCAAAUCUACGGAUUGCCCACAGGAAGUCAAAAACUGCGUUCGCGGAACCGAAAUAUAUUACAAACCCAAUUCAUGGGAAAAAAAUUACCAGCACUGCGGUGACGGACGAGGACUUGACGAUCUAACAUGUGCGGACGAGUACGAUUAUAUGUCUUACCCAGCAAACAGCAGCAGGAAUACAAAAACUAGAACACUGAAGUGCUAUUGCGCUGGAGACAACUGCAAUCCUGCAUGGAAAUUAGUGGCAAAUGUUCCGCAGCAGUUACUGAUCUGGGCAUGUUCUGCAAUCCAUUCUUUCAAAUACUGGAGAAAUAAAUGACCAGCGGAAAGCGAAAAUGCGGGUUGUGCUUACCCACUGACUUACGAGAACUCCUACUAAACUAGAACUAUUCGGCUCUUUUGGCGCUAGACACUGGUAUUUCAAAGUAUUCGGUCAAUUGUUAUCGGUGAAUUUAUGGUUUUUGCUAUACCUUCGGUGAAUUGGUCUUUUCUGCUUUUUUUAUUUUCUUUUAUAUCACUUUACUCUUUUGUCAGCGGCGACUUUAGGAUGAUCGAAACGUUUGGAGGUUCAAAAAGGUUUGGGUUUGCAUUCGGAUAUGAAGAAUUCCUUUGA